AUGUCUGUUGAUGAAUUACGUCUUCACGCCUCAGAAGCUGACGCUUGGGUUCGGGUGCACAACAAGGUGUAUGAUGUCACUGGAUUCUUAGAUGCACAUCCGGGAGGCAGACAGGUCCUUCUGGAGCAUAUGGGGGGCAGUGAUCUGGCCCCAUUGAUGGCGAGUCACCACGACAGCGGUGCGCAUGCCCACAGCAGGGCAGCAUAUGAGAUCCUUGAACAGUACUGCAUUGGGCGGCUCUCCGAAGCAGGCCUGGAGCCCAGUGCUCCCCCUCCCCAGGCUGCUCCCGCUGCGCCCGACUUCCAGGUGGACCCCAGCAAGCCGCUGGUCUUCCAAGUGGGCCACCUGGGCCCCCGCUACGACGCAUGGGUGCACCAGCCCAUCGUGUCCCGCGCCCACCCCCGCUUCUUCCACAGCCAUAUCCUGGAGUUCCUGAGCAUCACCCCCUGGCAGGCCAUCCCCGCGGUGUGGCUCCCGGUGGUGGCUGCGCUGCAGCGGGCCGCGCACCGCGCCGGGCUGGCCCUGCCCACCCACGCGGCGUGCGUUGCGGGGGGCCUGCUGCUGUGGACCCUCCUGGAGUACUCCCUCCACCGCUUCCUCUUCCACCAGAAAACGAGCAGCUACUGGUUCAACACGCUGCACUUUUUGCUGCACGGCGUGCACCACAAGCACCCCAUGGACUCGUACCGACUCGUCUUUCCGCCGGUGCUCACCCUCAUCUUCGUCGCCCUGUUUUGGCCGCUCUUCUACGCCGUGUUGCCCUUGGGGCCGUGCUGUGCGAUGUUUGGCGGCGUGCUGCUGGGCUAUGUGGGGUACGACCUGACCCACUACUACCUCCACCACGGCACCUCCACCUGGGCCCUGCCGCGGCAACUCAAGCGUAAUCACAUGAAACAUCACUUUAAGUUUACAGAAAGCGGAUUCGGCAUCACAAGCACCCUGUGGGAUCACAUUUUUGGAUCUCGACUCCCCGAGUAAGACUGUGCAUUGCGCACACAUUGGCUCGGCCUCACAAAGCAAAAGGACUGAUACUUAUUAGCGCAAAGUGCAGCCUUCAGUUAGUCGAGAUAGGAAUGUAAGUAAUUCUACAUCAUUUAUUCGAGAUCAGACAGUGGGCUAGAUGCAAAGCUUUGCAUACUGCCAAGCAAGCACCGGCUGCAUAAGGAGUGCCCUCAAUGGACCUCAUAGAACAUGCUUGAAUCUGUUGUCAUGAGUCCACUUCAAUAUCUGGUAGGUUUGGAUAGUAUGAGAGAGAGACAGUAAGCCUGUUGCUGCUUUAUUGAACUGUCAUAGAUCGCAAAGCAGACCGGACAGGUUGCGAUUGCCCAUAACUCAUCAGUGACCUGUCCGAAUAGAUAGAUUUUGCCACUUACCCGAUGGCCGAUCUUAGUUACAGCUAAUCUGGUACAUUGAGUAGGGUUACUUUACCAAGUCAACCAAAUUCAGGCUUGGCACAAACAAAUGAAGAUUGAACCGCUUCGACCAAUAAAGCCUGACGUCCGAAAGUCCAAGCGGCAUCCCAUCCCGGCUCAUCCCCAGAUCGCCGUGAGAUCGAUCCCUCAAGUCCUGCAAAGUUAUUCUCAACGUCGGACACAAUUAAAGUGAAU